AUCGUCGUUCGACUAUUUUUACCGUGUAUUUAUGUAUUUUGAUGCACGAAGCUCUUGAUACGAUGGCUGUCAAAGAAAAACAGGGAGAUUCCACCGAGGAAAUUGACUGGAAUGUCGAGAACGAGGUUCAACUAUUCUUCGCCAUGAACGGCCACAAGCCAGUCGGUGUCAACAAGUACUUUCACAUGGUCUGCAUCUGGGAGAAAUUUCGUGCAGCUAUAAACAAGGAUGUAUCAUUCAAGGCCAUUUGGGAUCACCUGGAGACGAUGUACGACUUGGUGGCACUGGACGACACAGAGGACCUGCCCUUCCCCAGCACUGAAGUGGAUUUCGCCCUCCCAGAGUCAGAGUUCUUGGAGCUUAUAAAAAACAAACAGAAGGAAGAGACUGACACGAAGCCCAAGGACGUCAAGGAGAAGAUGAAGGAAACGAAGAAGGAAAAAGAGGUGAAGGAGACACCAAAGAAGGAGAUUGUUGCGAGAGAACAGAAAGCCCCUAAGGAGGUUGACAAGAAGAAGGAGGACUUGAAGAAAAUUGUGAAGGAGCCAGAGGUGAAGAAGGAAAAGCUGAGGGAGACGAAGGAGGUCAAGAAGGAUAACAAAACCCCCAAGGGGAGAGGAAAAGGGAAGGAGGACGUGGAGGAGCCACUGCCAGCUCUCCCAGUGAAAAAAGAACGCAAAGAUUCAGACGCCAGCAGAGAGACCCCCAAGAGAGUGCCAAAAAGGCCGACAAGACAAAGUAUCGACAAUGCGAGCAAAGCAUCGACCAGCCCUCGAGACACGCCACCCCCAAAACGUCGGAGAAUAUAAGGAACACUCGCCCUCGUUGAUUAAGAUCACUCUAGGUUUAAUUAUGCUUUAAUUACUCAUUGGCCUGUCUCGUGGGCGAUUAUCUCAGCGUUAACUGUUUCAAAUUUUUUUCAUUCAUGAGUCUAAAACGAAUCUAAUUUUCUAUUUCUUAUUAAGAAGUUGAAGAUAGAUUAACUGCCAGUGAAAAUUUAGUGUAGCUCAUUUCUUCUUGACACUAAAUUCAGAGUACCUUGAUGGAGUGUAAAUAAAACAAUCAUUUUUGUCUAUAAAAACUAUCCCUUAAAUAGUUGUUAAUGAAAGGUAAAUCUCAGAGAAUUUAGGAAGUAUUCGUAGGCAUCACGAUGAUUUUGUUAUUUGUGAAUAUCACUUUUGGAUUAACGAACAAAAUUUAAAUUCAAAGUUGUAUAAAAUUGUCAAGAGAGUUUAGAAAUUGUCUCGUGAGUUUUUUUUCAAGUGUAAUGUCAAAACCUGAUGACAUGAAUUUGUCGUUUUUGUUAAUUAUACGAUUAUUUGGAAAGCGAUAAAGAAAUUACACAUUAUCAAGACAAUUUCAAAUUUAAAAAAAUUAAAUAAUCGGGUGAUGCGAUGAUUUUGGUAUUUGUGAAUUUCUUUUUUGGAUUAACGAACGACGUUAAAAUUCAAAGUUGAAUAAAAUGGUAAAGAGAGUUUAGAAA